AUGCCCAACACAACUGCUGAUUACACUAAACUUGAAGAUGAAGACGAUGAUGAACUACGCCAAGAACUUAUCCCUAAGAAGAAUGAAGAUACUCCAGUAGUAUUUAGCCAGACGAAGAGUAUUAUUUUUGCCAUACUUACCGGAUUGUUUUUCGCUUUCCACAAUUUCACACUUGGAAGUCUAGCUAAGCUUGGAUACCUUGCUAGAUGUGAUAGCGGAGUUGGUCUAGGACUCGGAUCAGUCCUUUACUAUAUCUACCAAUACAUUAAGUAUAAGAACAAAAAUGAAGACUACUUUGACUGGAGGAAAUCCGUCUUCAGAAAUCAGAAUCCAGAUGUACCUGAGCAGGACAGAUACAAGUUUGAGUGCUGGAUCCUUAUCGGAAUUAUCAUUAGAGCUGCCAUUGCAGUAGGAACUGGAGUUAUGGUAAUUAUAUCCUUCGGGCUUGCUCUUGAAGGAGGUAUGAACCAAGGAAUCAUCACAGCUAUAUUCGGAAUGAGCCCUUUCAUCAUCUCCAUAAUGUUCUAUAUGAAGUUUAGAGAAACACUCAAGAAGUCCCAGCUCAUUGGAAUGGUUUUUAUGAUAGUUUGUAUUAUUAUGAUUGGGUUCUUGAGAGCUCCUUCUGAAGAAGCAAUCGCUCAAGUAGACUACAAUCCAAGCGGAGUACCAAUUGCUUUGAUCCUAUCAAUUAUAUGCCCUUUCUUCUUUGCUCUGGAUGGACUAGUUGUUCGAAUCUUAUGCACAGAUUAUAAAACAGAUGCUAAUGAAAUGACACAAGCAGCUUACCUUUUCCAAGGAGUAUUAUGUCUCUUCGCAUCUAUUCUUAUAUAUGCAUUUAGUCAAGAUCCAUUGCAUGAAUUUAUAUGGAUGAACACCCUGCAGAUGGUUUUGGCUGGUCUCAUUCUUAAUGUAGGUGGAGUUUUUGCUGCAAUUGCUGUAUCUAUAGGCAGUGCAGGAGUGGCUUAUUCUCUAUUCAACACCCAGGUCAUCAUGUUUAUCUUACUCGCUGCUCUUCUACUAGGCCAGAUACCCACCACGAUUGAAAUAGUAGCUGUGAUCUUUGGAAUUAUGGGUUCCUGCAUCAUGUCCCUUGGCCCAGAAAUUUAUGAUAAGCUGACAAGGAGGUUAAGAAAUUAAUAGAAAAUGAGCAAAAAUCAUUUAGAUAGAGCUAUGGACACUACAUAUUUUCA